AGGCUACGAUCCUACUUUACUCCCUCACCACAUCUAUCUCACAUUAAAAUGCCACUUUUAUCAUCUAUAGCUGACACGUUCACUUUACUUUUAAACACACCAAUGGUUGCACCCACUGAGUCUGGAACGGGGAGCAAAUGUCGCCCUGACAGACUUUCCACGAAGGAGAGGCAUAGAGCGGAGCAGGAGUAGCGAGAGCUAUGCACACUCACAGAGUUUACCAAAUGGAGAGGGCACUGGCGGGCUACCACGAAUGUCUGCAGAGAGCAGUGGCACAACCGCCAGUCAAAGAAGUGCGGAACAUAGCGCAAAAGACGAUAUUUUUGCGGGGCUAGAUUUGGGAGCAGGAGACUUGGAUCUUCAUCUUGUCCGCCCAGAUAACUCAAAGCGCGAUGCUGCGGUAUCCGAUUCACUAACGCAUGGGCGUUAUUUACUUGCUGCAUGA